CAGACAUUCCCUUUUUACAACACAAAGCAUGUUGAGUCGUCUGUCGUCAUGUCGCUCUGCUACUAGCAGCGUCUUCAAACACGAAUUCCACAGUUCAGCUGCUUCCUUUGCCAAAAAGCACCCUAAACAAGUCAAGAAAGAAAAUCUUGCCAAGCGAGCAGCCAAAAUAGCCGAACUCGAACGUACAAAGCCUUCCGUUAUUGUCAGUCGGCCAGCCCCCUUUUUUGAAACCCUUUUGACGCCAGCCGAUGCCUACCAACAGCACAAAACUGGAUAUAUGCACUUCUUGGACGAAAAGGACCAACAGUUUUUAUUUGAAGAAACACCUAAAAAAGUAGUGGAAGCUAGUCAUACAGCCGCUGUUGACGGUAUGGAAUCAGCAUUGAAGCAGGAACAGGACAAGGUGGAAACAUUACAAAAGAUCAUUAGUCUUCAAAACGGAAAUGCAAAGGCAGUACAGAUCUACAAUAUUCAUAAAGCCAUCGACUGGUUUAAACGAAAGGAAGGAGAUACUGGUAGCCCAGAAGUGCAAGCUGCUAUCCUGACUGUUCGUAUACAUAACUUGAAUAAUCAUUUAAGCCAACACCGUAAAGAUAAGCAUAAUUACAAACAGUUACGUACUAUGGUUCAUGACCGUGCAAAGAUCUUGAAAUACCUCAAAUCAAAAGAUCCUCAAAGAUAUUAUACAUGCUUAGAACAAUUAGGAUUACAGCCCAGAGCUGUUGAAGGAGAAAUUACUCUGUAAAAAAGAAAAAGAAUAAAACACUGUUUAUAUAAAGAAAAAGGACCUAAUUAGAA